AUGUUUAGAAAGCUCAGAAAACUCUACUCCUCCAGCCACUCUUCUGUAUACCUAGCCAGUAGCGAAGGAAUGGAUGGGCGCCUGCCUGCAGAGCUAGCCAUUAAGAAAAUUAAAGGCAGCAAGAGCAGAGAAAUCGAGAUAUUAAAAAAAAUUAAACACAAAAAUAUCAUCGAUGUCUACACAUGCUCUAGUAGAAGCUCCAAAAGAGGCUAUAUUGCUAUGGGCUACUACAAGUACAACCUGAAAGAAAUACUGCCAAUAGCUUCACUAGAGUACAAAUACUAUAUAAUCAGCUGCAUUUCAGAAGGUCUUACUUAUCUACACAGUCUUAGCAUAGUCCAUAGAGACAUAAAGCCACAAAAUAUCCUGAUCGAUGCACAUGCAGUAAAGAUAGCUGAUUUUGGAAGUGCAAGAUAUCUCCCCCUAGAGACACAAAAAGACAAAGAAGAUUCCAAAAAAGGAAGAGAAAACUCUACUAAGACAGAUAUUUGUGCUAAUACUGUAGAGAUGGCUUCUUCUGAUGCUUUAGAGAGUGCUUGUGAAGAUGGCUUCCCUAUUAAUGACAGCUUUGAGAGCAGUAGCGACUUUGAAAUGUGCGAAAUAAAUAAAAAUACACUCGAACGCUACGAGAAUGAAGAAGAAAAUAAAAAAGAAAUGACAGGCAUAGUUGGAACUCUCAACUACGUUCCCAUGGAGAUUCUUCUGGGCUGCAGAGAGUAUGGAUGCGAAGUAGACUUGUGGGCAGCAGGAUGCACCUUCUGGGAGAUUCUUUUCAAUGAAGUCUGUUUCGAGGGAGACUGCGAGAUAAACCAAAUAGGAACAAUAGUGUGCAAACUUGGUGUUACCAAAGAAGACAAAGAUCUUCUAGAAAAGUAUCCAUACAGCGGAUUUGUGCCCCUUGCAGAAAAAAAAGACCCGUUAAAAGAUCUGUCCCCAACAGACAAACACAUCUUUGAAAAUCUUCUGAUCUUCGAUGCACAAAAGAGAUCUUUUUACAGCAUAGACACACUCCAAAAGCUCUUGUAG